AAUAUUUCAAUGCUGCAACCACACAGUGCAAAGAUCUAACGGCAGUAGUACAUGGUGAAAUCUGUAGCGCUGUCUUUGAACACAUGUAGUGUAAAUUAACAGGUUGUUUGUUUAGGAUUUGUUUCUUUUUCAGGCACUCUAACAGAGCGAAUGCAGGGCGAAGCUGACCUAUUUUACCGACAGCUUCCAAAAGUGGAGCUGCACGCUCACCUGAAUGGUUCCAUCAGCUCGGCCACGAUGCAGCGGCUCAUUGCUCAGAAGCCACACCUCCACAUCCAGCACAGCAUGACUGCCAUCAACAGGGGGCAGCGCAGGACGCUCGAUGAGUGUUUCCAGGUGUUUGAAGUAAUCCACCAGUUGACGGAUAGAGUGGAAGACAUAUUCACGGUAACCACAGAUGUCAUAAAGGAGUUUGCUUCAGACGGAGUGAAAUACCUGGAGUUGAGAAGCACACCCAGAGAGGAGAAGAGCACAGGGCUGACUAAAAGGAAGUAUGUAGAAACAGUACUUGAAGCCAUCAAACACUGUAAACAAGAAGGUGUGGAUGUCGAAGUAAGAUUUUUGGUGGCCAUUGACAGAAGGCAUGGUACCGAAGUUGCCAUGGAAACUGUAAAGAUGGCUGAAGAUUUCUCUGUGUCCAGCGAUGGUGUUGUGGUGGGGCUGGACCUCAGCGGAGACCCGACGGUAGGUCACGGCAAGGACCUCAUUCCUUCACUUCAGAGGGCUAGGAAUUCAGGACUCAAACUGGCUCUGCACCUGGCUGAGGUGCCCAGUCAGCAGGAAGAGACUCAGUUGCUCCUGAGUCUCCCCCCUGACAGGAUAGGACAUGGUACCUUCCUUCACCCAGAAGUGGGCGGGUCACAGGAGCUCGUGGACACCGUGAUGAAGAAACGCAUCCCUCUGGAGCUGUGCAUGACCUCCAACAUCAAGGGCCAGACUGUCUCCUCCUACGAUAAACAUCACUUCCUGUACUGGAACAACCUGGGCCAUCCCUGUGUCCUCUGUACGGAUGAUAAGGGGGUUUUUGCCACCGAGCUCUCCCAGGAGUACCAGUUGGCUGCCACUACCUUUAACCUGAGCACAGCUGAGGUGUGGGCCCUGUCGGAGCAGGCGAUCGACUGCAGCUUCGCCCCGGAGUCGGUCAAGCAGGAUCUGAGGCGCCGGUGGGCACAACUCAAACGAGAGAUACACAGCUGACAGCCUUUUCAAUACAUUUAGAGCCUCCGAUUGCUCAGUGGUUGUGUUUGUGGGGAGUCGCUGAAACCAAACCCAGACUCUUACCCUUCACUGUUACAAUAAAACCUUUCACCUGUAAAGGGGCGUUCACACCGGACGCGUCGCGCUGCAGUACUGUUCACACCACACGCGGCAGGGUAAAUUCAGUGGGCGGUCCGUUGUUACGUCACGGCUGCAGGUACAGUGGCUUUUGGUUACCGAGCAACAAACAGUAAAUUCCAGCGGGAAAAUAAAGCUAUUUUGACAGAACUGAAGACACUGACAAAAGACAAAACUGAGGAGCGAAACAUUUAUAAAUAUUUUUUUAUAAAAUCUAAUUGUAACCCCCACACCACCACAAUCCCCCCCCCCCCCCUCCUUUUGUAUUAAUUUUGUUAAAAACUGUUAAAAAUAUAAUAAAUGUACGCCAAAUAAAACAUUUUUCUUUAUCUUUUAACAGUUGUCUGUCUGCAGUUAAUUUAUCAAAAAAAAAAAAAAAAAAAUGCUUACGUUGCGUAGCACCACCCCGAAAGACCCCCCCCCCCCCCUCUCCCAAAGAAAAGAAAACAGUACGGCGAAUACCACCGGCUGCUCCAGGUGAAGUGGCAGCACAGCAUGUUUUAAAUAAAUAAAUACAGCGGGUCUUUUUAAGUUUACUAUCUUUUACAUUUUUACUUAUGGGUCAUUCCGUGUCAAUACAUCAUUGUCACCCAUAGGUCUCAGAUUUGGAUAAAACGUUUUGCUUUAUCUUUUAAAAGUUUGUCUGCAGUUAAUUUAUCAAAAAAAAAAAAAAAAAGCUUACGUUAUAGAAGCAGGUGCAUAAUUAUUUUCAAUGUGGAGUUUAGCACAAAAAAUAUAUAUUACCUCAUUUACGUAAUUAUGUAUAUUUAAUAUUCACUCGGUAAUCUCAUUUGUACACCCACAGACCACCAUUCUACAUCUUUUUUUUUUUUUUAAUUGUAUUAUACAACGCCAGGAAAUCUGAAAUUUAAAGCGCGGCAAAAGUUGAAAAUAUUUGAUCUCUUGCGCGUCCCUCUGCUGCUGCGCGUAACCGCCUUCAUUGAAAACCAUUGCUUUUGCCGCGCCGCGUCCGGUGUGAACGCCCCUUAAGGCUUUUAAAACUCUUGCUUCCCUCACAUUGUAGCUUUUUAGCUUGGCACGUGGCCCAAAAUACACCCAUGUUGGAGUGACUGGCUUUUCAUAACUCAGAGUGUAGCUGUGGUCUUUGGUCAGAUAACACUUUUGUAUUUUGCAUAAAUUGUUUCUGCUUAAUAAGCUGUUUUGAGCCUGUGUACUAACCAAUUGAAACACACUAUUGGCACAUGGAGGUUUUUUCUGAUGAACACGCACCUUCUGUGGGGCAGGGUACACCUUGUUCCAGUUAAAUAGCACAAGCUUAUUGUUUCUUCAGCCAUCUGUUCUUUUGCAUUGUACAACCCGUUACUUAUGCUUCCCAUUUAAAUGGUAAAGAAAUCAUUGAAACUGUCUGUAAACAGUUGUGUGAUUUUCCUGUGUUUUGUAAUUUAAGCUCUGAAUCAACGCAGGGUUAAUAAAUUCUUAAAAUUAAGCAAA